CCCGAACGUUGGAAAUCGGAUACACUCAGCCACACAAACCCACUGGAACGAAAACCUAGUUGGCAGCUGAAGGUAGCAAGUGACCAAUAAAUUAUCGCAAGAUGAAGUUGCUUUUGUGCAACUCGGAACUCCCCUUGGCCGUACAGAUAUGGUAGUAUAUUUAAAAACCUGGCCCGGAUCUACACUACGAGAGACUCAUUUUCUUUUCUUCUCUCGUCUUCUGCCGAUCUCAUCAUGUCUGGUAGUCUCGAUUACGUCUCCCAAUUCUGUGCUGGCCACAAUUCAACAGAGAUUUCUGAAUGCUUAUCCCACGGGUUGCGUGACUCUGGAAAUGUCAGAAGUGUGGAUGAGGUUUGGAUGCGUUCAUUUGGUAUUCAUAUUGCCGCUUUAGCUUCCUUCGGGCAUUUAAUGUCAUUGCAAGGGCGCACUACCUCGCUUUCCGAUCUGAUAUUGCUCUUUUGCUAUUUUGAGUUCCCCGAGGUGUUGCUUGCCCAAAUGUUGAUUCGGUGUUUCACGAUGACUGUGCGACGGUUCUGGCAACAUGAAGAGAUGUCGAAGCGAUUCUUCGUUGCAGCGUGUCUAGGGUGCUCCUCUACAUUAUCAGCAGAUCCGAAGAAAGACGUACCCUUAACCGCUAUCUGUUCACGUCAGGUCCGCCCUGUGUCCAGAAACUUCGGGAUUCUACUCAUGGGUAGAAUUGGUCUACUGCUCACUUUCCUGGUGCAAUAUACGGCCAGUGUUUCGCUGUGGAUUAGAUUGGUAUUUUACUUGAAAGAUCGGAGUCACUGGUUUUGGCAUAUCGACAUGCGUACCUUUGAAAUUGUGGUCGGAGGCCUUCUGGCGACAAUGAGUAGCUUGCUCAUUCUCGUGGUCAGUGAUGAGUGGGUUAUGGUGAACACAAGCAGCGAAGGCAUAUCUCUCGAACGAACCGAGACAUCGCAAGACGCCCUUCGUCCUCCUUACCCGAAUGACCCACCCGAGAUUCAGAUCAUAAUGCCGGACUUGAGCUACACCUUGAGUGAAAAGAUGAAAAGAUGGAACGGCUGGUUCAGUGACUGCCUGGCUUUUUACAUCCCACAUUCACUGCAAAACGAGCUCGAGCUCGGGAUUGUCCUUCAACGUGUCUUUGCUCAUGGACUAGCUGUCUACACCCUCCACCACCGAUUCCCAGACGGCUGUCCGCCUAUUCUACAUUCUCUUUCUUCGGCCAGCUCGACGUUCGACUGGACUGAAAUUUGCCCUGACCGUGCAAACAUAUGGGAUCCUUCCAACUUCACCCAUCACCCCCGUUCGCGCAACUACCUUCGCUACAUGAGAGGUCUGGAAAUAUGCGGUUUACUAUUUACUAUCGGAGUUGCCCGAAUUCUGGCUCACUGGGUCUUUGGUAUCGUUUCCAUCGCUUGCCGAGGAGUCAUGGGCAAGACACUCCCGUCAAAACUACGGUUCUGGGAUCGAUGGUUCCUGAGUGGUCGAACCAUGAUAUCCUUUCCACUAGUUCUGCUUUUAUUCUCUUGCAGUCCGCUUUGGAUCAUGAGUAUGUUGGAGCAGAGAGGAUGGGUUGCUCAUGCGCAGUCGGUACUGCAACGUCAGGAUAUCCCCGAGAUCGACCGCAUCGCAGUCAGUAUACUGAUGUGGAAAGAUCCUUGGUACGAUCGGUUUUACGUCAUUUGACGAAAAUGUGAAGGACACGCCGACUGCAGGUCUGCAGAAUAUUAGUUACAACGAAAGUAUACAUCACAAGGGCGGGCCCACCCUAGGAUCAGCUAUUAACACGUACUUAAGGCUUCAUGCUAUGUCUAGAUCCUAUUAACAGCCUUUUAAACUAUGUUAAGAUGCUAUUUUACAGAGUAUGAAAGUAGAAACACUACUUGACACUCCAUCCCUAGUUGACCCUCCUCAGUAAUGUACGUACUAGGUAGGCCUCAACCUUGGGUUAUCGCGAGAGGAAAGUUGAAAGUGCAAUUACCUAGGUUGAUUUUGGAUGAGCAGAUUGUGCUGUAUGUAAUAAAAUGCACUUAGAUCUAUCUCUCCUUGAUGCUUGUAAAUCGAUCCUCUAUCCUUCGACGCACAGGACAUGCUCAGCCACAACAGUGACACAGUAUUGCCACAAAACCGAUAGAACAGAGCGUGAUGUAACCCUCUCAUCGUCGUCGCUCUCAUCACUUGAGCGUUCCUACUGAACACCAUCAUUGCCCCAGACCUCCGCUAUAUAGUGUUGCCAAACUGAAUCAUGAAUCCACAUUACGAGAAGACACAUGAAGCACUUCCACGCGAUUCAAACCACACGAUACUCAUCUUGACUACUCUCAUUGUUGCCGUCGCUCCAGGUGACAUGUUGUACUUGGCUACGUGCUGUUACCGCUGAAAAUUCUAGCUGUCCCAAACAUCAAUGUCAAAAUUCAGGGCAGAAUUUCUCGGCGUAACCAUUUGCGAGCCCGUAGCAAUUGAGUCUUCUGCUGCUUAUGGGGCCAUCUGUGAGGCUGCUAGUCUGAACCAGGAAGGGUGGGACCCGCUGUACCCCCACAUUCCC